AUGGGGGCGUACCGACCUAGAUCAAGUCAAAACGCCUCGCUCUCUCAAUCGGCAAAGGAAACGCAGACGCAGAGAACGACUUUGCACAUCGUGGUGGCGUUACCUCUUGACUUCCUACACACCACAUCUCUCUCUCUCUCUCUCACGCUCGGCCUGACCUAAUCCAAGUCAGCCCAAUCGAAGCACUCUUCAAUCACACCCACUACUACCACCCCUCAAUCUAA